AAAUUUGUUCUUCCUUCACGAAGUGUCCAUUCAUCACGUGUUAUUAAACCUAAUAAACGUUUUAUUGAGGCAGAGGAAGUUCUGAGUGAUAUGAGUGUUAGCCGGUCUCCCAGUGUAAUACAGCUUAAGAAACCAAGUUAUGGUAACAAUAGAAGUCUUUCCCCACGUAAUUCUUCCCAGGAAAAUUCACUUAUUGUAGAAGGAAAACGUCGAUGGAAACCAUCAUACAAGGUGCAGUUAAAACUGCGUGAAUUAAAUGUGUUUGGAGCAGGUACUAACAGGUUUCCUUCAAAGAGAACCCAUGUUUCUAGUUCUGAUUCAACUAAGAGUAUUCACAGUGCUUCAGAUAAAGAGUUGUAUUCAGGAUCAACAGACAGUAGUGAUUGUGCAAGACUUGGUGCUCCUUCACAUAAUGAGAUGAAAUCAGAGGGCAGCUCUCAGUGGACUGGACCUAAACUUACCAGUGGCAAAGUUAUUCUUCGCAAGGCUCGCCUAAAGCUCAAUACUCAGUCAUCACCAGGAGCUGAUGGUCCAUUUUCUGUUAAUUUAAAUUCUGGUAAUCCCUCUUUGCCAGGGACAGUGGUCUGUGGAGUAUGUGGUGCUGUGAGAUUCUAUAGGUUUGUUAAACAAGCCCGCAAGUUUGGUAUCUUCAGCUGUGAAUCAUGUCGGAAGUUCGUCUCAAAGAUGAUGAAACGCCAAGCAUGCAGUAAAGGAGGGAACUUGCCUGUUCUUGAAUGUCAUAAAGGAGCAGGCACUUGUAGUGUACCGCCUAUUGUUCGCAGCCAGCAAUGGAAACCAGGUCGUGGAACUCAGUUCAGGUGCUCUUACAAAGCACGUUGCCCAGCCUGCUGGCUCAAAAUGUGUCUGCGUUCCUUCAAUAUGCCAGACGCCUUACGUGACAGCAUGUCAUUAAUGCUGCCUCCAGAGAUGCGAAAAGGACUUGACAAAUUACCUAAGAAUCACCUCUUAAUGCAUUUUGAAAAUAACUCUAGUUUUGUGCAAAGUAAACCUGUAGAAGUGGAGAGACUGCCUCUUAUUUCAGUGAUGGAUACUUUAGGAUCUAAAUCAAAUCUUAAAACCAAUAAAACAGAAGGACGAGGACUAGGGAAAAAUGUGUUUGAUACUUCUGCACAGGCAGAACAGAAAGCGGUUGUUGGUUCCUUGAAAGAGCUAAGUAAGCGAGACAAGCAAAAGAAUUCUGGUAAAGGAAACCAUGACAAGAGUAAAAGGGAAAAGCAUCUGCACCCAAAUAGAAUACUUAAAAAAGCUACAAAGAAGCUUGUAAAGUGUAAAGAUAAUCCUGAAUCUUCCAUUGAACGCUUGAAGAAAAAGAAAAAUUCUGGGGUUAAAUUUCGGAAAAAGAAUGGGCAGAAAUGUGACAGCAGAAUUCCUGGUUCUGAUGUGACACGUCGUCAGAGAUUGGAUCUGAAGGGCCCCAGAGUCAAGCACGUGUGUCGUAGUGCAUCCAUUGUUUUAGGCCAACCACAAGCAACCUUUCCACUGGAUAAAAGAGCCGAGAAAAUUCAAGUCAAACCAGUUCAAGAAUUCAGCAAAGCGCCUCCUAGGAGUUCCUGUUGCCUGGAUUGUAUGGGUCCUAGCAGUUCUACAGUCAAAAUACAUGAUGUAGAAAAGAAUUCUCAGAGUCAAAGUGUUGGCGAUGUGGGCAGGUCAAUGAAGGUGUCGGCAUCUGUCAAUGCUGAGAGCUUUGAGAAUAGCGAGCGUAUGAAGUUGAUAUCUUCUACAGAUACAGCAUCAAACAGUCAAGAUGAAGAACUUUCAGUAUCUUCAACCUACCGUAGGUCUAGCAAACCAACUCUGUCAUCCACAACAGUCCCACAACAGUCGCCGUCAGUAUCAGUGCUGCCAAUAUCACCUAUGGUCAGAACAUUACCAGUUCUUGGGAAACGAGCUGUACCGGAUGUACAAAACCUUGUGUCUAUUGACUUCUGGGAAAGCUAUGAUCCUGAAGAAGUUUGCAAUACAGGGUUUGGACUCAUUGGUUCAGAUCCAUUCCAUGUUAGGGCUAUGUGCUUUUUAUGUGGCAGUGCAGGCCAUGAAAAGCUCAUCCACUGUGCAUCUUGUUGUGAGCCGUACCACAAGUUCUGUCUUGAAGAUGGUCUUCGUGACGCCAGUUUCUUAUCUGAUGGUAACAAUGCAAACAGCAAUGAAAAAUGGCAGUACAAUUGGGUCUGUCAGCGUUGUACAGUUUGCCAUUCUUGUGGUCGUGGUCUUGGCCAACAGCUUAGUUGUCAGCGUUGCCAUCGAACAUACCACACUGAAUGUUUGGGUGCGGAUCGGCUCAGUAGUAGACUGCAUAGUCCAGAUAGACCAUGGGUUUGCUCAUCUUGUUUACGGUGCAAAAGUUGUGGAGUGGCAGAUGUAACUCAUUUUGUUGGAAAUCUCCCUCUUUGCAAAAUAUGCUUCAAGCUGAGACAGAAAGGAAAUUACUGUCCACUCUGUCAGAGAUGCUAUGAAGAUGAUGACUAUGAUACUAAGAUGAUGGAAUGUGGCCAAUGCAAGUGCUGGGUGCAUGCCAAAUGUGAGGGAUUAUCAGACGAAAAGUAUCAGGUGCUGAGUUAUCUUCCAGAAUCCGUUGAGUUCAUUUGCAGGAUGUGUUGUGCAAUUCCUCCAGCUCCUUGGUGGCUUGCUGUGGAGGAAGAGCUGAAAGCAGGAUACCUUGGUGUGUUGAAGUCUUUAAGUAAGAAUCGUAAAGCCUGUGCUAUGUUGAAAUGGAGCCCAAAGAAGCAGUGUUUGUGUAGACCUACCUUAGUGGCAAAAAGACUGGAGUUUCAAGAGAUUUCUGAUAGAGACACUGAGACUGAUGAACAGUCAGAUUCUGCAAGAGAGGACAAGAACAUUUCCAUUAUUCCAAGGAAGGAAGAUUUACAGUCAUCUCAGGGGGAAAUAAUUUCUGCAAGUAAAAUAACUCAUCCUCUGGAAAAAAAGUCAGAUGAGACACAAAGAAAUCAGCAUAAAGUUGAAACAGAUCACACUCUCUUAAAUAGUGUAUCACAGCCACAAUUACCCAUCACAGAUUCUUUGACAAGUAUAACAGUGCCAGGGAUUGAAGAAAAAUGCACUUUAAAUGUUGAAGUUUCCUUACCUGAUUCCUCUAGUUCAAAAGAUUCCUCAGUUAAUCAAACUGAUAUGAGGAAUUUUGCAGAAAAGUCGCAAGUAACAAACAUUAGCAUAACUAACACCUUAAGACAGCUUAGAGAGAAGUACAAUAUACGUGAUUGCUCAGUUCGUAUUGAAAACUGUGUACCUAAAUCAUCUUCAAAGCAACCACUCACAGUUAAAAUAGAAGAUAAUGACACUGGUUUUUCACCUGAUUCUACAUUCAGUGAGUGCAGCUCAAAAUCACCAGCUAAAGUACAAGUAGUUUCAUUGGCCACCCCAGCUAGUGAUUCUGGAAUUGGCAGUACAGAUGAUGAACUAAAACCAAAUUAUAUAGAAGAAGAGCAGGAAUAUGCGAAAGAUGAAUGUUCAGAAGCAGCAGAGUUUUCUCCUUCAGUUCAGUCUUCGCAACUUCUGGAAUUUGCCUACAGGAACAAUAACUCCUCUGAUGUAGAGAAAUGUUCUGAAAUGAAUUGUGACACUUCUGAAAAUGUUACCAGUGAAUGCAUCAAAGAAUGUUAUUGUUUAGACCAACAUACAUUAACUAAACCAUCUCCAACACUUCUGUCUAUUAAAAAGAAAGUAAAUGCAAAUGAAUAUUCAUCACUUCUUCAGUUUCAUCAAGAAAUGGAACAAUUGAUUGCUAGAGCUCAGUGCCCUGAAUUAUUAGAAACCUAUCACCACACACUUAAAGAAGUAUUUCCCUGGUUUGAUCCGAAAUAUGCUCGAGUAUCUAUCAACUGGAAGGAAGGAAGACCUGGUCAUGAAGAAAGUCUUCCUUGUAUUCCUGUUCAUGUAGAACAGGAUCAUUCAGUUAAUGAAGAAUUGGUUACAGAACAAAUCCAUGUAACAAGAAACAUUGGAGGAACUGAAGGCUCAAAUCAUAUGGCAUCCAAAUGUAUGGUUGGCAAGAGUGAUGAGUAUUACUACAGCGGUUUCACAGUUCAAGAUCUACGAACUUGCACCCUCUGUAAAGGUGUGGGUGAUGGUUUGCCAGUGGAAGAGGGCCGUCUAUUAUACUGUGGACAGAAUGAAUGGGUGCAUGCUAACUGUGCUUUGUGGUCAGCUGAAGUAUUUGAAGAGAUUGAUGGGUCUCUACAGAAUGUUCAUAGUGCUGUCUCUAGAGGCCGUAUGAUUCGUUGCCGUGCAUGUGGUAAGAAGGGAGCAAGUGUUGGAUGUUGUGCUCGGAAUUGUGCUGAGACCUUCCAUUUUCCAUGUGCACGUCGAAUUGGUUGUUCUUUCAUGGACGAUAAGACUGUGUUCUGUUCGGCUCAUCUUAUGGAAGCAGCAGGAAAACCACUCCAUCUGGACAUAGAAUUUGAUAUCCGCCGUCCCAUUUAUGUGGAACUUGAUCGCAAGAAGAAAAAAUUUGUGGAACCAUGUCAGGUGAAGUUUAUGAUUGGUUCCCUACUUAUUGAAAACCUUGGAGAAUUUGUCUCUGCCUCAGAUCAUAGUGACAUCAUAGUACCUGCUGAUUUUCAGUGUACUAGACUUUAUUGGUCAUCAGUAGAACCCUGGAGGAUUGUGCGAUAUUAUGUGAGGACAAUGGUACAUAGGGCAGAGCCUCAGCUCAUAUUGGACCUGGGAAAGAAUCUCACAGUGGAUCAUACUCAAGAACAGAAGCUAGUAAAACAGAAACUAGAAGAAGUGUCUCGAUGGCAUCAGCAGUUGAUCUCACACCAGAAGAGUACUGGAAAGAAAAUUACAGGCAAUUUGGAAACUUUUAAAACAAAAAUUAAUCAUCUUCCAUCAGAAACACAUACUGUCACACAAAGUCUAAAGAAACAGCCUAAAAAGACAGCAGAAGAAAAGGUUGUUCAACAAGUAAUGGAUCAGCUUUUGGAUGCAGUUUGCAACAAGGAUGUAGAGGAUAGCUGUCUAUCAGACCCUCAGAAUACAGCAGAUCUUUUGCCACCAGAACUAAAGGAUGCGAUAUUUGAAGAUAUUCCUCAUGACUUGUUAGAUGGCAUAUCAAUGCAGGAUAUAUUCCCAAAACUUAUGAGUUGUGAAGAUCUGGCUGCUGUGGAUUUGAAAAGUGACAUCUGCUUUGGAUCAGAGGUUCCUAAAGAAGAGAAAGAAGAAUUGAGUGAGGAUGGAAUCCUAGACACUGAAGUUGAGCAAGUGUCUUCUUGUGAACUAGUGAAAGGGAGGAAGCACGAACAGUCCAUUUCAGAGUUUGGAACCCAGACAGAUCUGUGGUUUCACCAGUAUUCUGACCCCAGAGAACAAGUUCAGGAGUUGGUUGAAGACUUUUGCCAAAAUGUGUAUAUGAAAGGAUCUAUGCAGAUGAAUAGCUCAAGAGAACUAAAAAGGAGUAAAUCAGAAGUUAUUCCCCAGCCUGUCAGUAAGAAAAUCGGAAGCAGUGGGAGGAGUCAUCAAAGAUCAUGUAGUUUGACAUGGAGCUGCAAGUUGGAUGGUACGUUGACCAGUUCAGCUAAACGACGAAAAGGGACAAGGACAAUGCCAAGGAGUGGAGGGGAAGGUGCCAGUAGUUUGGUGAUGGUUGUGGAUAGUGAAAGAGCACAUAUGCUUCAGGAGCUGCGACUUCCAGAUGGUGUUCUUGUAGCAUUGGCAAGAUCUGGAACACCUGGUAUGGCUUCGUCUGUUGCUGACAGUGUGCGGGAGCUCAAAUACCGCCUGGAAGAAGAGACUGCAUCUAGUGAGGUUACCACAUCUGUAGGUCGAUGGAGGUCCACUCACCAGAAGGAGGAAGGGAAGGAAAACAAAUGCUUUUUGUGGCAUGGACGUUCACAACCUCGGAUAUUGCAGCUGGAUGGUGCCGUUGAUUCCAAUAGUAGCAGCAGUAGUGGCAGUGAGGGAGGUUCUCCAACGAGACAAGUGGAUGUUGAUGACCUGAACCUUUUCCCUCCUACAGGUCCAUGCAAGAACUUGCAUAAUGCAAUAGCUGAAAGGAUUGCAUGUGAAGAAGAGCCUGUGAAAUGUGAUCGUUGCCAUCGUACAUAUCGUACUCGAACUAGUUUUGAACGUCACUUGCCAACAUGCAGCAGUGAUUUCAUUUUGUCUACCAGUGAGAGUGAUUCAGAAAAUACAAGAUCAAGUGAGGAAGAAGGAAGUAAGAAACAGAAGUUCCCCCCAGUAAAUUGUCAGAAUGAUAGUAGUCCUGCAGUGCAGCUUGAUAAUCUUUCAGAGAAACAAGUGAAAGAAGAAAUUACAGAAAAUAUAAAGAGUAAAUCUCAGUUUGCCUCUGCAAUAUUAUCUCAUUCACCUUCUGCUCAAUCAAAACCAAAAGCCACACAGCCUUCACAUAGAAUACAUGCAGUAAAUGGAAGGCCAAGGGGGCGACCAUCUUCAAGAACAUACACUCCUAGAUUUGUACGAAAAGAGAAUCCACAUCCAGUCAUAAACAUGCCCCCUCAUUCCCAGCAGUCUGUGCCGUGUCAAACACAUCUCAGCCAGCAGCCUGCAACACCGACUGUGAUAAUGCAACAAGUUCCGUCCACCAACAUGGUGCCAGCUUUUGUUGAAGCUUUUCAACAACAGACAGGUCAGAGUCUGCAGUACAUUGCCACCAUUGAUGCACACAACAAUGGAUACAACAAAACACCAUACCUAACUGCAGCUCCCAAUUCUCUGGUGCCAGGGACAUUCCAGUUGCAGGCUUCCCCUGAGAAUUAUGUUGGUCUGCAAAAUGGUGGAAUCUCAGUUCUCCCUAGUGUACAACUGGCACCCCCUCAGCCAACUGUGAUCGGGACACUCAUACAUCAGACUCCGCCAGCAACAAUACAGUGUGUUGCUGCUGAGCAGGUUGUGUUAGGCUCAGCACCUGCAAUUGAGAUGUACACGGACCAAACAGGAGGCAUGUACUUGACUAGUCAACCCAUGUAUUAUGGUCUGGAGACGAUUGUAAGUAACACAGUGAUGUCGUCAAGCCAGUUUGUGUCAGCAGCAGUGCCUGGUAUGAUGGCAGCAAGUAGCAGCUUUUCUGCUACCACUACUCAGGUGUUUCAGGCAAGCAAGUUGGUGGAACCAAUUGUGGAUGUCCCGUCCAGUUUUGUCAUCAUGAAUCCUCAUACUGCACAACUUAAUCCAGAGUCUGGGAUGGGCAGACCAGACAUGCUGGGCUGUACAUCAUCCUCAUUACCCAUGAAUCUUCCAUCUCCAGCUGCUCCCCAGCCAUCUCCUCGAGUUAUUCCCCAAACACAAGCUCCUGCAGUACAUAAUAUUCCAUGGUCAUAUCAAGAAUACAGCAGCUCUGAAUCAUAUAUGCCUCCAAAUGGGGACUUCAAACAUUUUACACCCCAUACCUCUCAAAAUGUAAGAAUAAAUGUCUCAAAUGUUUGCCGGAAUGCCCCUUGCACUCCACCUACACCACCAGCUCCUCCGCCUUCCACACAUGUACAGCUGGCCCCACAGCCUCCACCAACACCACCACCUCCCCUGCUUCCACGGUCACAGCCCUUGACACAACCAUUACUACAGCAUAAGACCACUGAAUUCAUAAAAAUUCAUGUGCCAUUCUCAACAAAUGCAAAUUCUACUAUGCGUAAUCAGACCUUAGAUUCCACUAAAACUUUUAAAACAAACAACCGUGUGGAGGUUCCCAUUCGCACCAUUAAUCGUGUCUUUCCAUUGAAAGUAAAUCCAUCUUUAGGUAUUCCACAACCAGUUCCUAAAAUAAAUAAGGAACCAGGGUCAGAUGAGGGAACACAUAACAAACCUAUCCAAGGAACAGAUGGCAGAGUUACCAUAAUUCCCAUUCCACAGAACAAAACUGGGAACAGUAAUAGUAAUAAACAACCAAACUCACUAAAAUUGGUAUUCCAGAAACAAGCACAGGAUGGUUACUAUAAGAUAAGUAAUCAGAAUCAUCAGUCUAAACUAAUAGAUACACCAAAGAGUGGUACUGUGUCUAAUCAGCCAUUGUCAGUCAGAGCUGUGAAAAUAAAACCUCGUGUGGUUGCUGUCAGUGAGAAACAAAAAGAGGCACAACUUAUAGGUACACCUGUUUUACAGACAGAGAGUAAAAUGAACAUACAAAAUGGUACAACAAACACAUCACACCUUCAGAAUGGAAAGGUGCCUCCUUUCCAAGCAAAACAUUUAUUAGGUAGCAAUGCCUCACCAACCAUCACAUACGAAGUACACUCACAGGAUGGCUUCAGUUGCACAUCGUCUUCCAUCACAGAAGUGUGGCAAAAAGUCUUUGAAGCAGUACAAGAAGCAAGGGUAUUACACAAGAUGCCACGGUUGCCUGAAAAUCCAUUUAGUGCUACUUCUGCUGGUCUGCAGAUGUUGGGUUUUCGGCACAAUGCACUGCGGUACCUAGUCGAACAACUGCCAGGUGUUGGACGUUGUAUAAAGUACAAACCACGUUAUCACAAGCUCCGCCCACCUGGGCCUGAUGAAGAUGUAGAUGCAUUGCCACGAGAGAAUCCUUCAGGUUGUGCCCGAUGUGAACCCUUCAAGGUACGAUCACCGUAUGACAUGUUUAGCUGGCUGGCUUCACGGCACCGGCAGCCACCAAAGUUCGUGAUAUCUACUGAUGGUGAAUCUGCAGUAAGCAACAGGCGAGCUACCAGUUCGAACCUGCCGAUGGCAAUGCGUUUCCGACAUCUCAAAGAAACGUCGAAAGAAGCUGUAGGCGUUUAUCGUUCUAACAUACAUGGACGGGGACUGUUUUGCCUGCGGGACAUAGAAGCAGGAGAGAUGGUAAUAGAAUAUGCAGGAGAAGUGAUACGUUCCAUGUUGACAGACAAGCGGGAGAAGUAUUAUGAAUCAAAAGAUAUUGGAUGCUACAUGUUCCGUAUAGAUGAUCAGUUGGUUGUGGAUGCUACAAUGAGAGGAAAUGCUGCAAGGUUCAUCAAUCAUUCAUGUGAGCCCAACUGCUAUUCACGGGUGGUGGACAUCUUAGGAAAAAAGCAUAUCCUGAUUUUUGCUCUCCGUCGCAUACCACAGGGAGAAGAGCUAACCUAUGACUACAAGUUUCCAUUUGAGGAUGUUAAAAUCCCUUGCACAUGUGGUUCACGGAAGUGUCGAAAAUACCUAAACUAAAGAGGAAUUUCUUGUUAUCAGUAUUUUUAUAUUAUUCUGCAGUUCAUCAUCUGGUUCACUAUGAGGCAUUUGGAUGACACAUGGUUUUAUCACUUUGGUCUGCAGGUUUAUAUAAUUUUCAGAGAACUGAGAUGUAUGAAAGGUGCUUGAUGUAUGUAAUUUGUAAGCUGAAUGACCUUGCAUUCUGGUGGCCUAUACUGAUCAGUGUUGAUGUUGGCAGUUACAAUGUUUGGGGUACAUAACUCACAGAAUAGUGGAUUUUAAGUAUGCUUUUUAUUGUAUGACACUUAAACCACUGUUCUGAUAGGGUUUAAGUGUAAGAAAAAUCUGUCCUGCACAUAAUGCACAUAAUGUUUUGCAUUAAGCUCUAAGUAUUAAGCUAAUACAUCAGUACUCGGGUAGACAUUUUCUAAGACUCCAGCUGAGCAGUUGAAAAUAAUAGUUGCUCGUUAUGAUAUAAGUAAAUUUUUUGUACAUUAUUGUAAAAAUGAAAAUAACACAUUGUAAUGUUUAGUCAUAAAAGGAAGGUACUUAGUGCGUUCUAAAUUAAUUUUUACCACUAUGUGGUAGAUGAAUACCAGUUUGCACUAUUUUAUUAUGAGGGCCUGUGAUCUUUAUAGUCAUAUCUUAAGAUGAUGUGCUAUCAACGAAAAUGUGAAUCCAGUUGGGUCACAAAUAUUUGUAUACAUUUUAUCCCGUGGAUACUCCUUGUGAUACUUUUCUUGUAAUUUUGGCUCCAAAGCAGCAGCAGGUUUUUAGGUGGUUGAGUUGUGAAGUGGAGCCAUCUUGUAUAUUAGUAUAUUAAUUAAUACCGAAGGGUACAAUAUGUAAGUGUGAUAAGAACAAUUUAUUGAAGACUGGUGCUUCAAGGAACACCUGUGAAUUUAAUAUUUUUUUUCUGAAUAUUUUUCCCUGUUGAUUAUUAAUCAUGUCACAUGUAGAUUUCAAUUUAAAAUGCAAUGUAAAUACUUAUAUUUGCAUGGCAACAUUUCACUUUUUUCUUUCUUGUAUGAGUCAAUUCAUGUACACCAUUACAGAUAAAUAAUACACUACAGUCAUACACAACCUUACCAGCUUUGUAAUAAAUAUGUUUUUUGUAUGGAACACAGUGAAUUGAUGUCUUCUUCUUUGUUCUUAUUUAAUAGGCAACAGCUUGUAUAUAAUUACUCUGUUGUGCUUUAUUCAUCAUUUAAGUUUUUAUAUAUUACAACUACAGCAUUUUGGAGGUUGGUUCUUGUUCUGUUGUGAGAUGAUCAGUGGGUGGAUAAAACCCUACUCUGUUGGUUUCCUUCAACCCUUCACUAAGUCAACCAUGGAGACUAACAGAGUAGGGUUUUGUCCUACCAUUGUCACUUGAAAACAAGUAGAACCAGCUUCCAAAAUGUUGAGGUUUUAAUUUCAAAACACUUGGACAGUGAAUGGAAUUAUAUACAUUCUGUAACACCAUCAUUACAUAUCUUUAAAUUAAGCAACAGUGUGUGUUCAUUAUUAAAAUACAUCCAAGAAGAAGUGCCAGUCCCUCUUGCCCAGUUGUAUCAAAGUACUUUGACAAUGAAGCAGAUUUAAAACACUUAUAAAACAGUGGUUAAAUAACCCAUUUGGAAUAAUUACAAUAUUAAAUAUGGAAUUUCAUUAAAGUAUCAUUUUCAUUCCUGUGAUUAUUCAUUUAUCAUAUUUAAUUUUUCAUAAAAGUCACAGUUUUGACUCAUCCACAGAAACAAUGUUAUUAGAGAAAGUAGAGGUGAGUGAUAUAUUGAUUACGGUGAUUUUAAAACUUCCCUGAAAAUCACCACAGUUACUUCAUAUCUGAGUACUGAUUAUAGGCAUCAGUGUUUAUAGAUUGCUUGUUUGUGGCAGCGCUAAAUAGCUAAUUUGCCAGGAACUACUUAUUUGUCACUAUAACUGGUAACUGCCAUCUAGUGAUUACUGGAGUUACUGUUUACAUUUCAUUGACUAGUAGCUGCAGAAGAUAGCUAGGUUGUUAGUGACCAGUUAUUUGAUUUACUGAUACCUGCCAUAACUUGCAGACUGAUGAAUGAUACAAUGGAAGGCAAUCUCUUCACCUCUCUUCUUUUUGUUCUUGCCUUAUUUUUGUGUAUUUGAAUUUUUUUAAGAAUAUUGACAUCACUUAUGCAUGGUUUUUUUAUCCUUUCUUGGACUUUUUUGCAUUUACUUUACAUAUAAACUAUGAUAAAUGCAAUGUAUAAAUAGUAAAAAUCAUAAAUCUCCAAAGGGCUUAUAUAUUAUUGUUAAUACCUCACUGCUGUUUUAUUAUGUUUUGUCAUUUUUUCUAUUAUUGGAGAUCUGAAUGGGUUUGCAAUUUUUAUGUUGUUACCUUUAGGAAUUUAGUAACUAAACUGUUUUCACAACUUUUUGAAUUGAAAAGAUGUGUCUUGUAUAUCAAAAAUCUAGCAGAGUGCAGUCUUAAAACUAUGACCUUAGAAGUUGAUGCAUCAUCAUUUAAUAAUUAUGGCAAUUUAUGAAUGAAUACAUAGCUCAAUAAAUACAUUAUUUAAUUCAUCA